GCGAUAAGAGAGAGAGAGAGAGAGAGAGAGGGAGUGAGGAGACAAAAGUAAAGUGAAGAUAAAGGAAUCGAGUUGGAGAGACAACCCAUUUGAUGCAUCUCUUUCUCGUCCUUUCUUGGCUUUACUCUCUUCUUUUCGAAGUUCCAUUGUUUACAGAUUAAAGCUUCCAUCUUUUCAUUCUUCAAACACCAUUAUUACCUUCAAAUCAUUCAAUCUCUCUACACAGCUGCUUGCUCAUCCCUUUUUAGAGAAAUUUCACAGAUUUCUAAUCUCUAGGGUUUAGUUCUUACUUAACCCCAAUCUCUACAAUUGACUCUGUAACUUAGAUUGUAUCCUUCUGGGUCCCUUUAUUGUUGUGUUUCUUCCUGUUAAUGCUGUGAAAGCUUAAACCUUUCCUCUCUCAACAAUGGCUGAGAUCAAGAAGAUAACAAAAGCAGAGCAGCAAGGACAAACCAAGAUCAGGACUGUACCAGUAGCUGUAACUCCUGAAGGCUUCUGGUGUUGCCCUUCACCCGUAGCUUUCCAAAAGACUCUCAAAUCUCACAACUCUCUCCACAAACCCAAACACUCUCCUCCAACGACGGACAAGAAGCCCGCCGAGAAGGAGAAGGAGAAGAGACCCUCCUCCACGACUAUUAGAUCCGUCAUCGCUUCAGACGAGCAGCAACAACAAAGCAACCCAGAAGAGACCACACAUCACAGCAUCGCCGUCCCGGUGACGGUCCAAGAGCGUCCAGAGAGGCAAAAGGUCGAGACUUUACCGACGAAAGUGGCCAUCGAGUUCGGUGAGCCAGGGAGCAGCGACGCUAAAGUGAUCCUGGUGGGGAAGCAAGGCUUCUGCGUGAAGCUGAGCGUUCACAAGAAGGUCCUUGUUGAUCACAGCAGCUUCUUCGCUAAGAAACUCUCCGAGAAAGACUCUGUUUUCGCCUGUCUUGAGAUCGAGAGCUGCGAAGACGCUGAGAUCUACGUCGAGACCGUUGGGCUCAUGUACUGCAAAGACAUGAAGCAAAGGCUUAUGAAACAGAGCGUGACCAGAGUCCUCCGUGUCCUUAACGUUGCGGAGCUUCUUGGUUUCGGUUCUUGUGUUCAGUCUUGUUUGGAUUAUUUAGAAGCUGUGCCUUGGGUUGGUGAAGAGGAAGAGGAGAAAGUGAUCUCGUCGAUACUUAGGUUGAAGACAGAAGCUGUUGGUGUUGUGACUACUCCUGUCUUAAAAAGAGUUGCUUCCUCUUCUGUGGAUCCGCCUAAAGAGACGCUCUCACGCAUCAUCGAGCUUGUUUUGAGAAGCAAAGAGGAGAAGAGCCGGCGUGAGAUGAAGUCUAUCGUCCUGAAGCUUCUCAGGGAACAGAACGGGAACAAUGUAGCUGAGAAUUUCAACGAGACAAUCUACUCCUCUUGCCGAAGCUGCUUAGACACGGUCUUGUCUCUGUUCAGACAAGCUGAGGAGACUGAUGCUAAACAGAUAGGUGUGGAAGCUGAUAACCUCACGUGGCUGCUUGAUGUGUUAGCGGAAAGACAAGCUGCAGAGGAGUUUUCAGUCACGUGGGCAAACCAAAAGGAGCUAGCUUUGUUACACGAGAAGGUUCCUUUGGUGUCUCGUUACCACAUAAGCCGUGUGACGUCUAGGCUCUUCGUAGGGAUAGGGAGAGGAGAGCUGUUGCCUUCGAAAGACACUAGGCUUUUGCUGUUGACAACGUGGCUGCAGCCUUUGUUCAAGGACUAUAACUGGCUGCAGCACGGUUGCAGAUCGUUCGAUGGGAAGCUUGUGGAGGAAGGGAUAGGGAGGACGAUACUGACCUUGCCGUUGGAAGAUCAGCAGAGGAUUUUGAUGUCUUGGCUUGGGAGUUUCUUGAAUGGUGGAGAUGGUUGUCCGAAUCUGCAGAGAGCUUUUGAGGUUUGGUGGAGACGUUCGUUUGUUAGACCUUACUCAGAUCGUCAGGGUAAUGGUGUGUCUCAGACGGAUUCGACUUCAAAAGAGUGAUGGUUUUGUAAAAGAUGACUAAGCUUUUUAGAUUGUACAGUGAAUAACGUUGGCGGUGGAAACUGGAAAGUGUUGGUUUGCUGAUCUUUGAUUUCCGGUUUGGUUGAUUUCUGGUUUUGGUUUGGUUUAUAUCGUACCAUGCAGAGGUAAUGGCUAGGGGCUUUAGUGAUUGAGUUUUUUUCUCCUCUUGAUGUUUUUGUAUUUUUCCAUUUUUCAUGAAAGUAUAAUGUUACUGGAUGUAUAUUUCUGAUUACAAAAAA